UACGGACGUGUUCUUUGAAGAAGAUAUAAAGAUGUCUGCCAAAGACGAAACAGAAAAAAUCAAGUUUACGUCAACGUUCAGUACGUAUAUGACGUUGCUUGGCUACUCUAUAGGGAUGUCAGAUUUCUGGAGAUUCCCGUUUCUGGCAUACAGAAAUGGUGGAGGUGCUUUUCUGAUUCCGUUUAUUGUGAUGAUAAUUCUAUGCGGGUUUCCUUUGUAUUUCUUGGAAUACUCGUUGUCGAAAUUUUCUGGCAGAGGACCGUACAAAAUCUGGGACGUUAGUCCGGUUUUUAGAGGUAUCGGUGUAACAAUUGUUGCAGCUUAUUCGCUGUGGAUGAUCGGCACAACAGUAUUGAGGUGUUGGAUCAUAGACUUUCUAGUGAAUGCUUUCCAAGACCCUCUACCCUGGACCCUAUGUACAAACAGCUGGAACACGAAGUUUUGUAAAAAUGGGAUUGAGAGUACAAAUAAUACAGGCACAACACAGUCAGAUAUAAUUUUAACGUCUAUAAUAGAAUCUUCCAAUGUGUCUGUAUCACCUAUAACAGGGUCAACUGUGUUUUCAAAUAUAGGUUUAUACGGGGUAAAUAUAUCGUCGGAGAUUCUUACAAAUUUUACAGAUGUUUCGAUGACGGCCGAGGAGGAAUUCUGGCAAUAUCGUGUUUUGGAACUGUCUUCUGGAAUUUCGGUCCUGUCCCCUCUGCAAUGGCGUCAUAUAAUUACGUUGAUCGUGAUACGUAUUGUUAUAUUGUUUGGUCUUGUGAAGAGCAUAAAGUCUAUAGAAAAAGUAAUUUACGUGACAGCCACUGUGCCUUUUUUCCUGACAGUGGCAAUAUUUAUCAGAUCUCUUAUGCUGCCGGGUUCCAACCUUGGUCUAAUCCAUUUCAUACAUCCAGACUUUAACAAGAUAGUUCAACCAAGGGUUUGGAUUGAAGCAACACUAAUGGCUUUCUAUACAUUAGGCUUUGGUUGGGGAGGUAACAUGUUACUCGGCUCUCAUGCUCAUUUCAAGGAGAAUUGUUUAAGGACAUCGAUUAUACUUCCGCUAGCUAACAUGUUUAUGGCAACAUUCAGUGGUUUAGUCUGUUUCUCAGUUCUCGGAAACAUGGCCUAUUCUUAUGGUGUUGAAGUCACCGAAGUUAUCAAUGCAGGCAUGUCCGUGGGUAUCGUUGCUUACAUUACUGCCCUAUCGUCACUUCCAUUCCCGCAGAUAUGGACGGUCUGUUUCCUAGCUGCAAUCAUUCUUACCGGCAUUGAUGGACAGCUCGUUCCAAUGGAUAUGUUAAUGCAAUUGAUAGGAGAUUUGUUUCCAAGAGUACAUCGGGGAUUCAGAAUUCAUGCUCUCAUCAUUAUUGCAGUUAUAUUUUUCCUUUGUUCUCUACCAACAUGUACUGGUGCAGGCGCAUAUAUAUUUCUGUGGAUGGACUGGUAUAAUGGAGCAUGGAUAGGCCCCAUAGUAGCAUAUAUACAGCUAAUGGUUGUAGCUUGGAUAUACGGAAUGGACAGAUUUAAUGACGAUGUAUACAUGAUGAUAGGGAGACCUAUACCGGGCGUGCUAAGAUUUCUCACCGCAUUUGUAACGCCAUUUAUCGUCUUGGUGUGUAGAAAUAAUGUAUUCUGUGCAAUUCCGUAA